AUGGACGAGGCCGCGGCGGCGAGAAUUCGAAAGGCACGAGGGGAGCAGGAUGAAUUCGCUAGACGAGCGGCCGUGGCGGCGAGGACGAACAAGGACAACAGCGCCGGGGGUCAAACAGAGCAGCGAGGUGGCAGCGGGCAGAGUGGUGCCAGUCAGGUCGGCGCGGAUUGGAACCAGGGGUCAGGAUCCGAGUCCCAGGAGGCUGGAUCAUCAUCCACUCUCAGGGCCCCCAGUUUGCCAGGGUCGAGCAGGGUACUACGUCGAGCACAUCACGGCACUUCAGCCAUGGCAACACGGGCAGGUACAGCGAGGGCAUCAAGCUCGGAUACGAUGGAUGCGUCCUGGGUGCAUUAG